AUUCGCCUGGUCUCUGCUAUAGCAAACAACCAGCAAAGAGAUUCGAACUUGUCGUAGAUACCGUCAUCGCCGUGCAGUUGGUAAACGUGGUGCCCCGAUCAUCGUAUUACUAAUUAAAAACACAUCGCGACACUUGAAAUAAGACACAUUAUUAUCGGAUUGUGUGAACUAAUAAUGUCGGAACCAUUAUACAAAUACUCGGUGUAGUGGGUGCUAUUCAUACUCACAGUGUAGUUUUUUACAAUAAUUGUACAGUGCAUUUUUCAUAAGUCGACCAAAUACAUAAGAUUCAAGAAAUGUCCUCGUCAUACUAUCACCACUUCUGGCUGCUCCUUGUUCUCAUCGACACCAUUAUGGUAUUUAAAGGAGUCACACCGUACCAGUACAAAGGUAAAUAUUCGGGUCACAUUGAAGAGGCGUUCGAAACUGUACCUCGAAGGGUCAACUCUUUAGCAGAACAUGUUUCUCAUGAAGUCAAAGUAGAUCACGGCAAUAUAGAACGAACGUUACACUUCAACAUCACAAUAAAAGAUAAGGAACAUUUUUUAGUGCUAGAACCUAGCACGCAAUUCUUUGCCCCUUACGCUGUCUUGGAGCGUCACAGGAAGUCCUCAAGAACGCGUAGAAGUCUCAGUUCCGUAUCCAAUACCAAAUGCCACUACCAAGGACGCAUACAUGGGCACGAUGGGUCAAAGGUUGCCCUGUCCGCGUGCAACGGGUUGGUUGGGAUGAUACAAACGAACGAAGAAAAAUACUGGAUCGAACCAAGUCAUCACCAUGACAGAGAGAUUCGACCUGGGCAUAAGCAUCUUGUAUUCAAGAGAUCAGCCGUGAAGCAUCCACAUAAUAAGAAACGUUGGAAGAAGAAACAUAAACAUUCGAAGAACUGUGGUACUAGAGAGCCCAAAAAAACUGCAGAAGUGGAAUGGUUGAGACAAGUUGGAAAGUUGACCGUCCAGGAAAAGCGUUCCGGAAAUGCAAAGAAAAAAACAACAAAGAAACCGGACUAUCAGAAAAGAAAAAUGAAGAAAUACAAACAGCAACAAUUGUUAAACCGCACAAAAAGAUCCGUGAGUAAACCGAGGUAUGUCGAGGCUCUAUUAGUGGCAGACCAAUCUAUGGUAGACUUCCAUGAAAACGAAGAUAUUGAAACCUACAUGUUGACUAUAAUGAACAUGGUAUCAUCGGUUUAUCUAGACCCAACCAUCGGAAAUCUCAUAAAAGUGGUGGUAGUAAAGAUAAUACUUUUAGACGAAAAUGACACAGAUCCGCCGCUAAACAUCUUAGUAAAUGCGGACGUGACCCUCCGGAACUUUUGCAAGUGGCAAAAAAGUCUUAAUCCUCACGACGAGAAAGACCCUUAUCAUCACGACGUGGCCAUUUUGAUAACGCGGAAGGACAUAUGUGCCAGGGCCAAUCAUCCUUGCAGUACCCUCGGAGUUGCUCAUAUCGGAGGAAUGUGCAAGCAAGAAAAGAGCUGCAGCGUUAACGAAGAUAACGGGAUCACUCUCGCCCAUACAAUUGCCCACGAAAUGGGUCACAAUUUCGGCAUGUUUCACGAUACGGAAAAGAUCGGUUGCAAAGGCAAGGAUGGUAACAGACUACACGUAAUGACACCGAGUUUCGAAGUAGACACCGUAGGUGUUAGCUGGUCAAAGUGCAGCAGACGAGAUGUGACGACAUUCUUGGACAAAGGACUCGGGGAAUGUUUGCAAGACGAACCGAAAGAACUGAAGGACUAUCGAUAUCCGAAACUGCCGGCCGGAGCGAUGUACAAUGCCGACUUCCAAUGUCGACUUCAGUUCGGGACCGAAGUUAAAGUUUGCUCGUCGCCUUCGGAAAUUUGUUCUCAACUUUGGUGCGAAGUUAACAACACUUGUACUUCGCAACUGCGACCGGCGGCUCCGGGAACUCACUGUGGAAAGCACAAGUGGUGUCAAGAUCAAAAGUGCGUCCCUGUGGUUGAUCCACCCGUAGCAAUCGACGGUGGUUGGGGAGAAUGGAGCAGCUGGAGCGAGUGUUCACGGACGUGCGGCUCCGGAGUUUCCAUAAUGCAUCGAAAAUGCGAUCAUCCGAAACCUUCGGGCGGCGGCAAAUAUUGUAUUGGCGAGAGGCGCCGAUACAAAAUGUGCAACAUCGAACCAUGCCCCGUCGAUCAGCCGUCAUUCAGAGCACUACAAUGCACCAGUUACAACAACCACACAUACAACGGAAAAAAAUACACUUGGCUACCAUAUUUUGACCAAGACGAACCCUGCGAAUUGUACUGUAGCGACCUGAACGACACCAUUAUCGUUCCUUGGGGAGAGCACGCUCUCGACGGAACACCCUGCAAUGUCGGCACUCGAGACGUUUGCAUUUCUGGCAUUUGUCGGAAGGUCGGGUGCGACUGGGUGGUCGACUCGGCUGCCCAAGAAGACGCUUGUGGAAUAUGUCGAGGAGACGGCACGAAAUGCAACACCAUCGAAGGAAUUUUUACAAAACAGAGUCUCGAGGCUGACUACAAAGAAGUCGUCACUGUGCCGGCCGACGCUAGAAAUAUUUACGUCGAAGAAAUGAACCAAACGGAAAACUACAUCGGAAUUGGAAGCGUCACCUCAAAGAAAUUCUACCUCAACGGUAAAAGACAUAUAACGCUGGCGGGGGAGUACACGGUGGCGGGGGCGCAAGCUCUUUACGAACGAGACAACGAAUGGGAAAAGAUAAGAAUUCCAGGUCCCAUAAAAGAACCCAUAGUUAUUUACGUUAUAUUCAAAGGUAAGACCCCAAACCCCGGUGUCAAAUAUCAGUACACAAUUUCAAAGAGAGAACCAAAAACUUUAAAAUACUCAUGGGUGUUAAGCGAAUGGUCGCAAUGUUCGGUAACUUGCGGCGGUGGGACGCAGCAUCGCAAACCCCUUUGUCAAGAAAUGAUCACGGGCUCAUCUAUACCAACGAGUAUUGUAGACGAAACCUGGUGCGAUCCUGCAGAAAAGCCGGAAAAACUAAUGAGAGCCUGUAACAUUGAGAUUUGUCCCUUCCAUUGGUGGACAGGACCGUGGCAUCCUUGUCCUGUUACCUGUUUUUCAAAGGGUGAAAAGGUGAUGAGGCGUCGUGAUAUAAUGUGUAUCGAAGGAAAAGAAAUGUUGCAACCCGAUCAAUUCUGCGAACAAUCCACACGUCCCCAUGAAUACGAACCCUGUAAUUCUCUACCCCUUUGCCUUGAAGAUCGAUGAUAUAAGUGACAAAACGUAAUAAGUCAUCUUUAGAAAAUAUUUCUGGCAGAAUGCUGCACCGCUGGUUGAUAAAAUUUUCAUAUAAUUUUCUAGAUGACGACAUGAACAUUAAAAAGAAAAUAUUAAGAUUGAAAAUCAAAAAAAAUGUACAGAUCAUAAACAAUAAGUUAUCUAAUAGUUGUAAAUAUUUAAGUUUAAACAUUUACUUUAUUUUAUGUAUAACAAAUCUAUAUAUGUAUAGGUACGUUAAC